AUGGACAUGUGUGCCUCAGGGAAUCUGGUCAUGCUUACCACAGUGAACUCACUAUACAACACAUCUACUGAUCCAUACAAUGAUCAACUUGAGGCUCAAGUACCCAGGCCAGAAAGGGAACUUGAGGGAAAAGGGGGCAAAAUACAUGGUUGUGGCAGAAAACAUAAAGGAGUAAUAAUGGGUCUCCUUUUUGAUAUGUGGCUUUCUGCAGCCAUUUUGCUCCUCAGAAUUCCCAGAGAUCAGUGUGCAGAUAUAAUUGGAGGGAGAGAAUCAAUUCCACACUCAAGACCUUUCAUGGCCAUAAUUGAAGGAAAAGGCUACUGUGGAGGGACAUUAAUCAAACCAAACUGGGUGUUAACAGCAGCCCACUGUGAACUUGGGGGAAAUGCCAACGUCAUUCUUGGAGUUCAUUCACUAAAAAAACCAGAGGCUUCAAAGCAGAUCUUUAAAGUUACUAAACAGAUUCGUCACCCAUGCUAUGAUAACGAUACAAAAGACAAUGACCUAAUGCUGUUGCAGAUUAAACUAAAACACUGAUUACAAACAUUUGUCCACAGUCAACUUGCCAAAAAUUUCAUGGACCUCAAGGCAGGUAUUAAGUGUCUCGUUGCUGGCUGGCUAUUCUCCAACAUCAGGACAAAAAAGCCAUCUGAAUCACUUCGAGAGGUUAAUGUCACUGUCAUUGAAAGAAGCAUAUGCAAUGACAAAAACCACAUCAAUUCUAAUACUGUCAUAACAAUGAACAUGGUGUGUGCUGGUGACAAGGAAGGAAGGAAGGAUGCAUGUACUGGUGACUCUGGUGGUCCUUUGAUAUGCAAUGGGAUACAAAGAGGAGUGGUCUCUUUUGGAAAAAAAUGUGGAGAUAGCAAGUUCCCUGGUGUUUAUACUCGUCUCACAGAGAAACAUGACCGCUGGAUAAAGGAAACCAUAGGGGCCAACUUGUAG